AUGACCUGGCUCAACUUGAUUACUGCCAUUUUUGUUGCGGUGGCUGUGGCCAUGCGCCUUGUUUAUCCUCGCCUUCUGCCCAAGCCCAUUCCUGGCAUCCCGUGCAACAAAGAGUCAACCACGCGGUUACUGGGAGAUGCGCAGUAUUUUAUUGAUCUUGACAGAAACGGGAAAUUCUGGGCCAGCUUCUUCACCGAUCUCCUCGCAAAGUACAAGACACCAAUAGCCCAAUACUUUCCAGGGCCGUUCGAAGGCACCCAUGUCGUCAUUGGAGAUUAUCGUGAGGCUCGUGACCUCAUGACAAAGCGCGGCAAGGAUCUUGGUAGGGGUUACAAGAACAACGUGACGUGGCAGGGGGUCCUCCCCGAGCAUUUUAUUGCCAUGGAUGAUUUCCACCCGUCUUUUAAAGAGGCGAAGUUUCUAACUAAAGACUUGAUGACACCAAGUUUUCUUCAUGGAGUAUCUGCACCUGCUUCGUACAAAAUGGUGAUGAACUUUAUCAACCUGUGGAAGGUCAAGGCUGUCAUGGCUAAAGGGUUACCUUUUGACGCAGCCGAGGACUUAGAGGGUUUCACCUACGAUAUUAUGAUGACUGCUGCUUUCGGAAUCGCGGAGCAAAAAAGUCACACCCUGGACCGACUACGCACUAUUCAGAAAGCCGAGACAGUAGAGGUUCAAGGCAAUGCCUCUGUUCAAAUUGCCAAAUUCCCACAUACAGACAAACCAGAGCUGCUCGCUGCCCUUAAUACGUUAAAUGCUAAAGUCAACGGUUCUCUUCGGUCAACAAUACCAAGGACCUUUCACGCAGUAAACAACUUCCGACCCUCCGUUCGCCGUGCCUUCAAAUCAAAGAGAACAAUCAUUCAAUCUCAUAUUGACCGGUCGGUCAAGAAGUUAUCUCGAAGUGGCUUGAAGGAAGAGUUCGCGUCGGCAGUGGAUUACGUGGUAUCACGUGAAAGGUUCGCCGCUGAGAGUGCUGGUAGGCCUCCUGCCUUUAACUCUCUGCGUAUGAAUGAUAUGCUGUGGGGCUAUCUGGUCGGUGGGCAAGAAUCCACGCACAGCACGCUAUGCUUCACAGUGAAAUAUCUCGGGGCAAAUCAUGACGCCCAAUCGAAGUUGCGCAGGGCCCUACAUCUCGCUUAUCCUAAGGCAAAUGACCACAACUGUCAGCCGACCAUCGAAGAGAUUAUCAAGACGCAAGUCCCCUUCUUAGAUGCAUUUAUUGAAGAGACUCUGCGUAUGUGCAGCCCUGCAGCGGCAGUGACAAAGGAGGCGCUCUGUGAUAUGAUGGUCUUAGGAUACGUCAUCCCAAAGGGCACUCCGAUUAUGUUCUUGUUAGGCGGCCCUACAAUCAAAGAACCAGGGGCAGAAGUCAAGGAGUCAAAGCGCAGUGAAACAUCGCAGAAGCUCUGCGGUGAGGGUGUGGACGAUUGGUCCCAGAGUCCAUUCCCGCCUGGUGAGUUCCACGUCGAGCGUUGGUUACAGCCUGACGAGAAUGGAGACAUUACGUUCAACAAUAAGGCUGGGCCGUUUAUGAGUUUUAGUAGUGGACUAAGGGGAUGCUGGGGUAAAAGAUUGGCGUACCUAGAGCUCAAGUUGAUCGUUACCUUACUGGUAUGGAAUUUGGAGUUCAACAGACUGCCUACUGAGAUGGAAAACAAUGGACUUGUUGAGGGGAUAUUUACGAAGCCUAAGUCAUGCUUGGUCAAACUAGAGAGUAGUGACUGUAGAGCGUGA